GACGGUGGUCAUGCCGAUCGCCAACGAGUUUGCCCCAGACGUGGUGCUGGUGUCGUCGGGCUUCGACGCCGUGGAGGGCCACCCCACGCCGCUCGGGGGCUACAACCUCUCUGCCAAAUGUUUCGGGUACCUGACCAAGCAGCUGAUGGGCCUGGCUGGCGGCCGCAUCGUCCUGGCCCUCGAGGGAGGCCACGACCUGACGGCCAUCUGUGACGCCUCUGAGGCUUGCGUGUCUGCACUGCUGGGAAAUGAGCUCGACCCUCUGCCCGAGCAGGUGGUCCAGCAGAGACCCAACGCGAACGCCGUCCGCUCCAUGGAGAAGGUCAUGGACAUCCACAGCAAGUACUGGCGCUGCCUGCAGCGCCUGUCCUCCACGGCCGGGCACUCCCUGAUGGAGGCGCAGAAGUGCGAGAACGAGGAGGCGGAGACGGUCACGGCCAUGGCCUCGCUGUCCGUGGGCGUGAAGCCGGCCGAGAAGAGACCCGAGGAGGAGCCCAUGGAGGAGGAGCCGCCCCUGUAGCGCUCUGGAAGGCGCUGUUCCCUUGUUUGUUUGUCUCUGUCUUGAAGCUCAGCCAAGAAACUUUCCCGCUCACCCGCGUCUGCCGCGGUGCCCCCUCGAGUGCUGGGGCGCAGGCGCGUGGCCGCAGCGGGAGCCCUUCUGCCGCCCACACGCGGGCCUGGCAGCGUCCCGCGGAGCACGGGACAGACACGGCAGCGAGCAGACACACGGACACGCGGAGGCCAGGCACACCGCCGGCUCCCAGGAGGGAAGCCGCCAGAGGCCUGCGGCGACUCGUGGCAGGGUUGCCGGAUUCAGUCGAUGCAAGGAACAGAAAAUGAAAUCAAAGAUCUAAUAAUGCAAAACAGACUUGAUCAAAACUGGUGCUUCAAGUUCGGUUAGGACCCACAAUUCCACAGUCUCCGUGUAAACCACUCAACUCAUCUUGUAGCUCAUUUUCUUUUUUUUAAGAGGAAGUUUUCUACGGCUCUGGCCCACCCCCGUGGCCCUCGGCGGUCUGCGGCGGGGGCAGAGCAGACGAACCUUUGAAGACAAAACCUGACAGAACCACAGUGCGAGCCCGGGGCGUCGGCUUCGGUUUCUCGAAGCCGUCGGAGAUGCGAGUUUGUGCCUUUUUUUUAUUGCCCGGAUGGAUUUUUGGGGCUGGGUUUUCUGAAGUCUGAGGAACAAUGCCUUAAGAUAAACUGAGCAGCAGGAAUCGGUGGGACACUUUCCUGUGGCCGGUGCAGCCCGGCGGUGUGGCCGGACACGUGGAGAGCAGGCGCCAGCCGCCUCCCCCGGCGGCCCCGGCAGCCCUGGCGGCCCCGGCUCGCCUUUAUUGCUGUUUGAGAGGAACGGAGGUCGUUCCAGAACGCGGCAGCGCCGCUGGGGGCUGCAGUCCAGCGAGUCGACAGGAAUCCAAAGUGUUCUUGCCUCGUGCGCCCCGGCGCGGGCGCGCCCCGACCUGAGCAUGUCCUAGGCACACUCGCAGUGUUGCGGCCGGAAUGCUUUUUAUGAAAAGCAAGUAGCAUGAAGUAUUGCUUACAUUUUAGGUAUAAAUAAAUAUAUAUAUGUAUAAUAUAUAUUCCAAUGUAUUCCAAGCUAAGAAACUUGAUUCUUAUGAAAUCUUGAUAAAAUAUUUAUAAUGCAUUUAUAGAAAAAGUAUAUAUAUAUAUAAAAAAAUUAAAUGCAGGUGGAAGGCCCCGGGGAGCGCAGGACGCGUGCGUUGGCUGUCACGGUGCUCUCGCAGCGGGCUCAGCUCCCGGCCGGCCCCCGGGGCCGCCGCACAGCUGCCGCCACACGGCGAGCCCACGAGUUUGUCCUUUGAUUUUAAUUAUUUUCUAAGGAAACCCUGUCCCUCUCCCAGCCUCCGUGCACAUAUGUACUUAAUGAGUUUUUAUAGCAAAGAAUAUAAAUUUGCUGUUGAUUUUUCUAUGAAUUUUUCACAGAAACAAAGAUCCUGAAUAAGCCUUGCUUUGUGGGUUCUCCGUUCUCCUCACCAUUAGCAGUUUCCCAAUGGCAGCAACGUCUGAACCUUUUUCUUUCCGUUUUCUACGCCUACUUUCUGUUUCUCGCCUUUGCGAGGUCAUUUAUCGUGUGUUUCUGUGGACGCCGAGGCAGCAGGCGGCCGCACCAGCGAGCGCAGGCACGACCCGACAGGCGCGGCGCCCGGCCCGGCCCGGCGCUGUGCGGGAGCCGCGGGCCGUGUCCGACCUUCGGUGAGCUCGGGGCCCUGUGCGCGGUCAGCAUUAAUGAAACUCCCCUGUAACCCCCGUGCAAGCCCAACCCCAGGUCUCGAAAGACCUUUGGAGCACGCGCGCGAUGCGCGGGGCCGGGCCCGGGCUCUGGCGCCCACGGGGACAGCGGGUAACUGACCGUCACUUCUUUCCCAGCACUUGCAGCCACUGAUUUCAUUCCAAAGUGUCUCAAGUUAGACUGGCGGGAGGGCGCCGCCGGCCGGGUUGCUGGGUCUGUUCCCUUCACAGCGGGCUUUCGAGCGGGCGCCGGCCUGCGGGGUCAGCGCCGAGCCCUGGCCUAGAGCAUGGCCGGACGGUCUUGGGGCUGCCUGCUGCGCCCCUCCCCGCUGGCCGCUCUGCCCGGGAGCCCCUUUGUGCCCGGCCAGCAGCCCCGUGCUGCCCCCCACGCCUCGUGGGGGAGGCACACAUCAUCUCAUUGGUUUUUGUUUUUGUUUUUGUUUUUAACAGAUGAUGAGGGCCGCGGGGUGGUGGGCAGGCUCUCUCCGGAGGGCUCGCGGGCUGUCCCACGGGCAGCCCCUGGCCGGCUCACUCCAGUCCCCAGGUUGCCGAGAGCAUUACCGUGUAGCCUUUUUCUUUCCUUUGCAGUCACACGUGGGCUUCCCCACGCGGUGCCCAGGCGGACAGCGCAGGGCCGGGGAGGGCGUGCAGCCUGCUCCCUCUCGGGUCCCUGGCCCCCCGCCCCCGCCUGCCUCUUCCUUUGCAAGGCCUUGGGGGGGCACCUGCCGGACGCCGGCGCAUGAGCACUUUAUGCCCCUCUGCGGGGAGCCCACGGUUGCGGCGGGCACGCGUGACUUCCCCCCGUGCCCGCGCCCCACCAGCAGGUGGCCACGCCGGCAUUGCGUGGCUCCAGUGGACAGGGCCACUUUGUCGAAGUGUCCGGGUUUUUCUUUCCUCCUCUCAUAGCUCUGUGGCGCAGAGGAAGGUGGCUGGGGCCGCGGUGGGCGGGCGCCGCCCUCCUUCCCGUUGGAACAUUCCUGCCGCGCCCGCGCCCGCGCCCGCGCCCAUUCCACGGUUCCUCCCUGGACUCUCAGGGCGGUGGCACCUGUACAAUACAGAGAGCAAGCUGUACCCGUCUCUUUUUCUAAGCUGCCUCCCGAGCCUGCAUGAGCGACGGCCGGCCUGGCUUCACCGUGCACGGAUCGCAGCCGCCCCCGCGGCUCGGGGGACACGGAGAGGCCUUCCCUCCUCUGGCGACACCUGCAGAUGCGGAAGACGGGGAUUUUUUUUCUGUCAAACAAAACCUUGAAGGAGAGGAGGGUGGGGUGGGGGGGCAGUUUGCAUCUUACUGAACUUAUUCUUAAGAAAUUGUACUUUUUAUUGUAAGCAGAACAAAAAGGACUCCAGCACUUGUCAUUUCAGACACCACUUACCUAGCACUUGUGACCGACCAAUGAUAGAGUUUAUUGUAUUUACGUGGAAGCAGUGUUUCGGGGAGACGGCGCCAGGCCGCGGCCAGCCGCCUGCCGGCGAGCGGGAGCUGUGUUUCGUGUCGUCCGUGCGUCUCCUCCUCUCCCUCCGCCCGCGGGGCCCGGUGCCCGCCGGCUCGGCGAGCCUGGCGCCCUCCCCACCCGAGGCGGGAGCCGGCGGCCGCGUGCGUUCGGUUUCAUUUCUUCUUUUUUUUUCUUGGUGUGCGUGCUCCGCAGUGGAGCCGCCAUUUUGCAGUUGAGGAGGAGGGCGAACAUACAUGAUACAUGCGUGAUACCUACGUGAUACUGUAAAUACAGGAGCGAGCUGGACUUCUCCCGCCCACGAGCGCACUGCGGGCUGGGGGAGGCAGCGUUGCGCUUUGUGACCCGAGUCACCCUCCUCGCUCGUGCGACUUCCCCAGGCGCCCUCAGCGCGGCGGGUUCUGUUUGGUUGCUCCUCCAGGCUGUGCUGUGUGGGUGGCUGCUGCCGCCUUGCCACAGCCAGUGUGUGUACCACAUCAUGCAGCUGUCGCUCUCAAGGGUGAAUAAAGACUUGUUCAUGGCCCUCCCGGC